AUGAGUAUGAAGAACGAGUGGCUAUGGGAAUAUCCCGACUAUCUAUAUAUAAUUAUGUUGGGAGGGAAACCCGACAGGCCGUUAUAUGACACAAAGUCUUUGGAUCACCAUUACAUAGGCACUGUUCCGUGGAAUGCCCAGGUUAAGGAUUAUGUGGUUCUCCUCGAGGGAUUCAGGACACCGUUCGUCUUGCGAAAACUCCCCAAGAGUACUGAGUCAUGUGGCGGAGACGAAUUCCAGAUCAUCGGCGAUUGCUAUGUGCACGGCAUCAUGGAUGGCGAGCUUUUGAGGCCAAUUGACGGUCUCGAGGACAACCUGGAGGUUGAGCAAGUCGGAGUUGACGUUGAGGGAAAAGAGUAUGCUGUGGAGAAUUUUGGAGGCUACCUACACUUCCAAGACUUUGUUAUUGUGUAGAAUCAAUUUAGCGUCCCUUCAAGCCUAAGCUACUCAACCACGCAUCUUAUGACAAUGUUGUUCCCUCCAUGGCAUCUUCAAUGUUUGGCAUCAGAGCUCGCAGCUGCGAAGUACAAUGACAGC